UAUUAACAGUAAAUGAACAAGUAGAUUAAUAAUUCAUUUUAUACCACUUGUCCUUAAUAAUGUUGACAAAAUAAUAGAAUGGAAAAUGCCACAAUAUGUUACUGCAUAUGUUAGCAGCUAAGUUAGGAGCCUUUGUUUGUUUACUUACUAAUAAAAGACAAGUUAUCUUGUAUGUUUACUAUUUUAUUUAAGGACAAAAUUGCAAUAAGAAACAUAUGUAAGAUUUUUUUGUUAAAAUAAAGCCAAUAAUUAAAUUUUUUGUUGUCCCCUUUAUUUAGAAUAGUACCGAAAAGUGCCGAAAUACUUUUGGCACCGGUACUGGUACCAAAAUAUUGGUAUCGGGACAACACUAAUACACACACACACACCGAGCACCCACUGGCAGAAAUGUAGAUCGGCACCUAUGGUUUGAAUGACACCAAUAAAGCCCUUUGUGAGUUUGUGCGUUUCAGGUUUGCUCCACUUCAGGUCCCUACUCUCUUCCGUCAAAUGUUCUGACGGUAAGACAAGUUUUAUUUGUGUUGUUGUGUCAUUUUGUGUGUCGGUGGGUUGCUAUCCAGCGCCCUAAUCCGAAAAUUGACGUAACAGACAUUGUCUUGAAACCAGACUAUAGGGCCGGGCCUCGCAAACACAAUUCUUUUUGACUACUUGGUUGCCAGGAAACGUGUAUGGGUCUUUGGCAAGUAGGACUAAUAAAAGAACAGAAUUGUGUGUGUGUGUGUGUGUGUGUGUGUGUGUGGCAAUGUCUGGCCCUUCAGGGCAGUUUGUUAACCCUCUGUGGAUGUGUGUGUGUGUGUGUGUGUGUGCAGCAUACUGGGUUGUUGUUUUUUGUGUUCAAAGCUGCCAGUCUACAUGCAGGAUGCAAGACGCGAUGAAGGCCGCCGUUGAGGAGCUUUCAUAUAUUUGAGAAUGCACCGUGUCUUCCCGACCAACAUCAGAGACGACUCGCUGGCCUUCCAAACUUGUGCGACUACUUGGAGACGUCGGAUUUCUUGGCCCUAACGAGCGCCCCGUGAUUGGUCUUCAGUGCAGACGUCGCGCGUUGGUAUGCCGCCGACUGAUUGACGGCUCUGCAGCGUCGCCAUGGGAACCAGGAUGGAGGUGACACGGCUUGAGAGCAAGAUGAACACUAAAGACUACGAGAAGCUGCGUAGUCUUUUCCUGGACUCCUCGGGGGUGCCCGGCUCCUUGUCCAGAAGCGAAUUCAUCCACCUGGCCUCCACAUUGCUCUCCUGCGGCUCUGAAGAGGAGUACGGCUUCCUGUUUGACAGUGUGGUUGUCAGCCAGGCGCACCGUGGACUCCUCCUCGACAGCGAGGCUGUAAAGGAAGAAGGCCGCGUGGACUGGGGAGGACUGUGCUCUUUUCUUCAGCACCAGCUGUCUGAAAAACUCAAGCACAGCAUGAGGAGAAACGUGCCUCGCUGGAAGCCUCCUCGUUCUCUGACCUGCCCCCACCGAGACCCCGUGCAGAAGGUGUUGUACAUCAAGAGUUGGGGUCAGUACGUAACGGUGAGUCAAGGAGGAUCUGUGGGUCUUCGUGACGGCGCUGACAUGUCGCUACGGACCACCCAACGACUGCAAAACAGUACAGUCCGGCCCCAGGACCUGUGGGUGACAGAUGUGGUGCUGCUGCACAAUUUACACAAGAUUGCUGUAUCGUUCACAAGUAAGGAAGUGUGUUUUUAUGACAUGCUGUCUAAAAUGGACUUCAGCUGCACGUACAAACUCCAGGGGAUGAAGUUUACUCCAUGGUGUCUGGACUACUGGACUAAUACCUCCAACCCAGAUCAUGCUGUCCUCACUAUAGGUGACAUUGGUGGACAGGUCAGCGCUUUAUUUUUCACUUCAGCUCAGAUUUCUUUGUUUGAGCGACGAGGUCGAUGCACAGACUCCGAUUCUGUGGCCGUGGUUCAAUGGGACGAUGUGGUCAAAGGGAAACAUCGCUGCUGUUACGUCAUCAAGCAUCAGGGACAUGAGCCAGCCUGGGUGAGGAAAGUCCUUUACCUGGAUUCACUGGAGGCAUUGGUGUCAUGCAGCACCAGGCCACAAAGCAGCAUGGUGAUUGGCUGGAGGGAGAAGGAGCGCAGGCGUCUCCGAGUCUCUUCUUUCUGUACAAAGAGAGGCGUCUGGGACCUGGACUAUCACCGUGAGCUUAAGAUGAUUGCCACAGCAGGUGGAGACCACCAGGUCCUGCUAUGGAACGCUUACGAGACCUCCCAGCCGGUGUACACACUCACUGGCCACGUGGCCCCGGUUACAUCCGUCCGCUUCAUGCAGAAGAAACAACAACUCCUCAGCUUCUCAAGAGACAAGGUUCUGUGUUUAUGGGAUAUUUCCAGUCAGCUGUGUGUUCACAGUCUGGACGGCGUUUUCCCGGCGACGCAGGAGAGCGCACAAACAUCUCUGCUCCUGCUCGAAGGACGCCAGCACCUGCUGCUCACCUUCAAUAGCCUGCUCGUCUUGUUGGAGACCGUGAAUGAGGAGACCAGGACCAGCAGCCAUGAGCAUCCCGUCACCUGUGUGCUCUACAACAGCCUUUUCAGACAGGUAAUAAGCAGCGACGCCGGAUCCUCUGUGAUAUGCUGGCUGGCUGACACCGGCCAAAAGGUUAAACAAAUCCACCGUUGCCAUGGCAAUGCCGAGAUUUCCACCAUGGCUUUGGACGGCACGCAGACCAGGCUGUUCACGGCGGGCACUGAUGGAGAGGUUAAAGUAUGGGACUUCAGUGGCCGCUGCCUCCAUAGAAUGAAUGCUGGUCUGGGCAAGGCUGUGGUCAUCUCACACAUCCUGUUGCUGAGGAGGAGCAUCCUGGUGAUGGGCUGGGAGAGGACGUUGACAGUGUUUCGCCUUCAUUCUUUCUUCAAGUCAGAAGUUGCGCCAUCAGAGUGGAAGGGUGGCGUUCAUCAUCGCACGGCAGUGCUCUGUGCGGCAUUCAAUGCGCCGCAGACUCUGGUUACAGGAAGUUGCGAUGGAGAGAUUACAGUGUGGAACAACAACACCGAAAAAGCUUUAAGAACCCUGCGGCCGCCAGCUCGGCAUGAAGAAUUCAAAGGAAAGGAGCGUUCCCUCGACGCCGUCACCUGCUUGGCGUUUUUGCAAGAUCGUACGUCAGCACAAAUAGCAACUGGUAGUGCAGACUUGGUGUCAUGUGGCAGUUCUGGACUGGUCAGAUUCUGGAAUACAGUUAAUGGGCGUCUCCUGGCACAGUUCGAGGCUCACAACGGACAACUAGGCCCUAUUGUCAUGACUGUCAGUCCCUGUGGACAAUUUCUAGUCACAGCGGAUCGAGAGGGAACGAUCAGGACGUGGGACGUAAAGCGUUAUUCCCUGAAGUCCGACCAGGAAGUGACGAAGGAGCCUCCUGAAUUGCUGCAAAGUUUCCGUCCGCACCAGAAGGGCGUCACUCACCUGGAGACGGGUAUCCACGGCGACCAGCUCCUCCUUCUGUCAGCAUCUUCGGACUGCAGCGUGGCCCUCAGCUGUCUGCCAGGAGACACCAUCGGCUUGUUUGGACAGGAGGAGCAGUGGAGCAUGGAGAGACCUGAGCGCCUGUGCACCAACGGGAGGACACUCACAUGAAUAUCCCGGCAGGGCGGACGCGGUGCAAGCUUCUCCAUGAUGUGAUCCAUCUUGCGAUUCAGUUCAGAAAUCGCCACAGUCUGUGAUCCCACAGCCCGGCCCAAACCUUCCAUUGCGACGAACAGCCUUUGGGCUCCUUGAGUGGCUGCCAUCGUCUUACGAAUUUGACGAUACACCAGAGCAAUGCCCAGCCCAAUCAGCAGGUGCCCCGCAAUCACGGUUCCAAAUAGGUAGAUGUCUUCCACGUCCUCGAUGGAAAGGACUGAGAGGCACAUGAUUCUCCAUUUAUCCCAGGAAUCUCUCACGUACCCCGCAGCAAUGGUUCCAUCAGGGCAGCCAGGCUCCCCCGAACCUCUUUUCCUCGUCGAAAAGAUUUUGUCAAUUGCGUCGAGAGUCCAGCUGAUCAUUUCCAUGUCUGAUGUUUAGAUUUGGAAGACAGUGCAAAGAAAGAGGCUUCGAAAAAGUUCAGACAAGACAAAACAAAGAGAGCAAGCAGGGAGAAGAAGGGAGCGGAAAAAAAUGCGACCGCCCUCACCAGAGGCAAGACAGAAAAAAAAUAAAGAUACUGUAGGAGGAUACGGUAGCUAACCGCUAACAGCAAGCUAGCGCUCCUGAAUGUAAAUAAAUGCCAUGGGUGGAUCUACAAUCUACAUACACAGACGUCGACUGUCACAAUACCAAGUACAAGAGCUGUACACAGUCGAUACUACAAUGAUUCGGUCGAUAUUUUUUAGUAUGACAGAAUAUUUUGUCUUUUUUAUUGUUUAUAAACCAAUAAAAUAUGUUCCUGGACACAGGAAAACUUUAAUUAUGACCAACGUAUGAGCCCGUAACUACUUGGUAGUAUCACCCGAAACCUAUGCGAAGUAUCAAACAACAGAAGAAUAAGUGAUUAUCAAAUUCGAACAGAAGUGUAGAUAGAACAUGUUAAAAGAGAAAUUAAGCAGAUAUUAACAGUAAAUGAACAAGUAGAUUCAUAAUUAAUUUCCCACCGCUUCUUCAGCAAGUCUGACAUCGUAGUUUACUCAAAUGAACUACGUAUCUUACCACUAUUAUCCCUGCAGGACAAGAAAUAGCUAAACAUGCUUCACACUACUCACUGAAGGAAGAUACGGUAGCUAACCGCUAACAGCAAGCUAGCGCUCCUGAAUGUGAACAAAUGCCAUGGUUGGAUCUACAAUCUACAUACUGUCACGGCGCGGACUCGAACCCGCUUCCCUCCUGCCACUGAGUGUCACAGUUCCUCCUCUGGCUGCUCGCCCGGACAAGCCUGCAGACAAUCAGCAAUCUGCACACCUGGGACUGAUGAGGGCGAGCUGGAUAAAGGACCAGUGGACCCAAGGAUCCUUGCGGGAACUUAGUUCUCAACGGUGGACCUGCCCUCCCGAGUUUUGCCCUUGGUGAUUCUUCCGUUGUUUUACCCUGUGGACUUGGGACUGCCUUCCUCGAUCCUUGACCCUCGCCCGGACACGGACCUUGUCACUCCUCUCCUGCCCUGAAUCACCUGCCUGGCCCACGGACUGCCUCGUUCCUUCGCUCUCAACAUUUGGUAACACACACUUCAGCUAACUACACACAUAGCCCCAC